AUGACUGGAAAAACUGCAGUGACUCACUCAAAAUGCAUGGAGAACAGUCCAGAACAUACAAAGAAUAUGGGGUCAUGGAAAGAACUGGAGAGUCGUAUUGAAAAGGGGCAAACAAUUGACAAAGUUGAGCUGGCACUAAUAAACAAUGAACGACGUAGGUGGCGAGAGGUGGUCGACCCUAAAAAACAUGUGGACACAACUUUGAAAUCCUGGGCAGACACACGGUGGGAGAGUCGAAUCAACAGUGUUGAGGUUGUAAGAUUCCAGGCUGCAAAAGUGAGAGAUGCUCUUUUAGAGGUGAGAGCAAGCACUGCAGAUCCAGCUAUUAAAAUUGAAGCACAAGACCUUAGCAGAGAGGUGGGAUCAUACCGGUUCUCUAUUUGUACGGUGGUGUGGUAUGAUAUCCUUAGAAAAGUUCAAACUGUGAAUAAACUUCUGCAAUCACAAUGCAUGCAUCUGGAUGUAGCUGUUGACAUUCUCAAGAAGGCUGAAACCUUCCUUGUUAGCUACAGAGACACUGGGUUUGCUGAUGCCCAGACAUCUGCCAAAGAGAUAUGUGAGGAGAUGAAUGUGGAAGUUGCUCUAAAGCAGAAAAGACUCAGAACUACUAAAAAGGCAGUUUUCCUAUGA